CUUUGCGACAUCAACCAAAACAUUGACGACAGUGCCAUGGCGGCGUUCGGGGCUAGUUUCGAGAGCACGAGCAGCAUCGAAGAAAGAAAGGAGAGUAAACGACAAGCACGGAAAGAGGCAGUAGAGAAGGCCAAGCAGAAGUAUGAAAAAGAAGAGAGGAGGAAGGAGCUGAAGAGGGAGAGAGGGGAGGACACUUGGAUGCUGCCUGAGAUUAACCAGAGGCUUCAGGACAUAGAGGAAGAGGGCUCUCUGAAGAGCAAGAAGAAGAAAGAGAAGAAAAAGAAAAAGGAGAAGAAGAAAAAGGCCAAGAAGGAGAAGAAGACAGCUGAAGCAGGAGAUUGCUCUAGUGACAGCUCACAGGACUCAGAUGGUGAGUGGAUUGAGGCUCAGCCACAAGCAAAACCUGCUAAAGCCUGGAAGCUUCCUGAUGAUGCCAAGCCUCCGGAGAGCAACCAAAGCCCAGCACAGAAUGUCCAACAGAGAGACGAGUGGAUGACCUUUGACUUCCUGGCAAUGAGAACCACUUCUACAACAGAGAAGAGGGCUGAGAAAGAGCGGCUGAAAGAGGAGGAGAGGGCAAAGGCUCAAGCCAUUGAACAGGCUGGUUUGCACAAACUGGAGUUGAACCCUUACUGGAAAGAUGGAGGAAGUGGUCUGCCCCCAGAGGAAAAGGCUGGUACUGCAACAACAAAAGCUGUCUCCCUUGUGAACGAUGGAGGUCUGAGCUGGCUGAGGAAGAACUACCAGAGGAUGCAGGAGCAGGCUGAAAGGGAGCAUCGUAGCAUCAACGAUGUGGUGGCCGAGAGAUAUGGGUCAAUGGAAGAGUUUCAAAAAAGACUUGCUGAUGCAGAAAAAGCUGUGUAUGGAGAAAAGAGAGGAGGAGGACGAGGAGGAGGACGAGGAGGAGAGAGAACAGCGAGAGGGGGGUGGAGGAGAGGAGAGAAUGAGGACAGAGAGAGAUGGAGGAGAAAAGAGUUUGAGGGACCAGAGGGGGAGUGGAGGAGGAGGAGAAAAGAGGGAGAUGGAGAAGAGAGGGAGUGGUGGAGAAAAACUGGAAGGGAAAGAGAUUCAUCACCAGCAGACAGAGAGAGAUACCAUGGUGGGAGAGGGGAAGAGAGGGAGAGGGAGAGGGAAAGAGGAGGGUAUCGAGGGAGAGACGAGGGGAAAGAUCAAGAUGGGGAAAGACACAGAAAUAGAGGGAGAGACAGAGAUGAUGAAAGAGACAGAGAUAGGAAUAGAGAUAGAGAGGAUAGAGAAAGUGAAAGGUAUAGAGAAAGAGAGAGACCUGUUGCAACAUCAUCAUCAUCAUCAUCAUCACCACCGUCCGAGCAAAAAUGGAGUCAACACUCUUCCUCUAAAAAGCAGCUUCUCAAACCCUCAGAAGAUGAUGACAGUGCUGAAGCUUCAGUGCAUCGUCGUCCCCCUGCAGCAAGGCCAUCCACAGGGUUCCUGAAACCAAGCUUGGAUGAUGAUGAAGAAGAACAUGUUCCACGUAAUUCCAUCACCCAAGCCUGGAAAAAGAACAGCAAUCCUCCUCGGGAACUGGACAGCUCAGAGAAACAACAGCAGGAGAAAGAGAGGGAUCCUGGGAAAACUGCAACAGCUCCUCAAGACUCAAGUCUGCAGGGCGAUAAAGCUGCGGUGAUGACAUCAAGGAGUGAGAGUGAAAGUGAGGAAGAAGAGGAGGAGGUUCCUCUGCUGUCGAAGGAGGAGAUGAACAAACUGGGAGCAAAACUGGUGAAGGCAGAGAUCAUGGGGAACACGGCGAUGGUUGAGAAGCUGAAAUCCCAGUUGGAAGCUGCACAGAAAGCCAAAGAGAUCCACGACGCCAGACAGACGCAACAAGAAGCAGCUAAACCAAAGCAGGUCACAGGUCACUCGAGUGAAGACCAGGAAGUCCUGCUGUUCAGAACUGACCAAUCAGGGCGAGCCUGGCCAGUCAAUGCCCCGUCCGGACCUCAAGAGCCCCACGGAGGACGACGGAAGAAGAAAGCGAUUGAGACUCAUGUGGACGGCGAGCGUGUGCGCUACUUCCAGGAUGAUGAUAAUGUUGGUCUUAAGGAGAUGGUGAGGAGGGAGAAGAUGAGCACCCCACAGGAUCAGAAUGCCCUCUACUCUCGCAUGGCCUCAAAGAUGAUGGGGAAGACAGACGGCGACAACUACACGCUGGAUGACAUGUUUGUGUCGAGUGCGGCGCAGCGGGAGGGCGAGGGGAGGGAGGAGGAGAGGAUGAGGAGCAGAGCCAUCGGGGAGAGCAGGAGGCUGGCUGCCUCCAUGGAGAAAUGCCAGCACUGCUUCAGCAGCCAAGAGCUCCAGAAGCACCUCAUCGUGGCAAUAGGGAGCAAGGUGUACCUGAGCUUGCCGGCGGGAGUGUCGAUGGCAGAAGGCCACUGUCACAUCAGUCCUCUCCAGCAUCACUGCUCUGCCACCGGAUUGGAUGAGGACGUCUGGUCAGAAAUGCAGCUCUUCCGGCGUACUUUGGUGCGCAUGUUUAUGUCCCAGGAGCAGGACUGUGUGUUCAUGGAAACACACAUGAACCCACGCAGGAGACAACACAUGGUUCUAGAGUGUAUCCCACUGCCCCAAGAACUGGGCGAUAUGGCACCUAUAUACUUCAAGAAAGCUAUCAUGGAGUGUGAUGAGGAAUGGGCCAUGAACAAAAAGGUUGUCGACCUCUCUUCAAAAGACGUCCGCCAAGCCGUUCCUCGAGGUCUGCCUUACUUUGCUGUAGACUUUGGACUCCAGGGAGGUUUUGCUCAUGUUAUUGAAAAUGAACAGAAGUUCCCCCACUACUUCGGAAAGGAAGUGGUCGGAGGUAUGAUGGACUUGGAGCCCCGACGAUGGAGAAAGCCUAUUAGAGAGAACUUUGACGAUCAGAGGAAAAAAGUGUUGCAGUUUGCACAGUGGUGGAAACCGUACGACUGCACCAAGACUGAGAGUUAAAAGUUAACACUUAAAAAGAGGUGUAUACCCUGCUUAGAUAAAGACUACAGACACACACAAAAUCAUACAAACUCAUUGUGCAUUCCAGUGCAGAAUGCCCCUUUAGAGAAAAGUGUGUGGAUGUCUAUGAAGUUAGUGAGUUCAAAUUAGAAAAAAGUCUCUUAGAAAUUAUGUGAAAACUUUUUUUACUUGAAUAAAAAGUAAAUAAAUAACUUUAAA